GGGUAGCGGCCAUCAUGAAAGAGUCUGGAAACAGAGCGAGGAUAGGGGAGAGAAUUCGGAAAGUUAAGCGGAGAGGAGAUUUCCAUCGGUAAACCUUCGUGGAGCGAGGCUGGGCACAGGCAGCAGUUAAAGCUUUCGCAGCAGCUGAAUUCGAAGGAUUUGUGGAGUGGCGGAAACCGGUAAACUGUGUCAAGGAACUGCGCUGCUAAUACGCAUACAGGCCCGAGCUGCCACAAAGGGACUUUUUAAAAAAAAAUAUAUAUAUAUCUAAAGGCUAGCACUGCGCUUCAUUCGGGCUGCUUGAGACACAAUCAUUCAGUGUGCUGAUCCAAAUUCUGCGAUGUAAUGGAGGAGAAUUUGCACUGGAUCAAAAUGAUUUAGCAAAACAGUCCCACUGAAGAAUGAAUAUUGAAGACAAACUUGAUCGAAUUUUUCUUAAAUGCAGCAGUAUAAAUGAAAUGCAGUCUUCCAGACCGCAAGUUGUGGUGGGCAGCAUUUCCAAUCAGCCUUCUGUACAUAUAGGAGUACAGGAAACCGUAUUAGAAGAGAGGGAGAUAUCUCAUGAAGAAAUUCUCCACCAAGAAACGGUUUUACAGGAAAGCACCCUCCCACAGGAGGAACUUAUUUCACAUGAUGAGCUAAUGAUCCACGAAGAGACCGUUAAAAAUGAUGAUGAUGAACAAGAUGGCCAUGAACGGCUCCCUCAGGAGUUAACAUAUGAGUUAAAUGUAAAUGUAAAGCAGGAAAUCCAGUAUGCUGACGAAGGUGGACAACUGAAGAAAGAGAAAGGGCAACAAAAAGAACCUAUAGAUUUGCAGAAGAAAAAGAAAAGGAAACAACGAUCUCCAUCAAAGAUUCUAACAAUAAAUGAAGAUGGAUCGUUGGGAUUGAAAUGCCUGAAAUCUCAUAUCUGUGAGCACUGUAAUGCUGCUUUCCGUACCAACUACCAUCUACAAAGACAUGUUUUCAUUCACACAGGUGAAAAACCGUAUCAGUGCAGUCAAUGUAGCAUGCGUUUUAUUCAGAAGUAUUUGCUGCAGAGACAUGAAAAGAUUCAUACUGGUGAAAAACCCUUUCAAUGUGAUGAAUGUGACAUGAGAUUUAUACAGAAAUAUCAUAUGGAGAGGCAUAAACGAACUCACAGUGGAGAGAAACCAUAUCAGUGUGAAUACUGUCACCAGUAUUUCUCCAGAACUGAUCGCGUAUUAAAGCAUAAACGGAUGUGCCAUGAAAACAGAGACAAAAAACUCAAGUGUGCUUUGAAGAUGAGCGAUAUGGGUGGAAAUGAGGAUGAUCAAAGCAUUGCUCUGCUACAUAAAGAUAAUCCAAUACCACGGAAGAAGAAGCAGAAAGCAGGGGAGAAAUCAAGAUCCACUGGCCCCCUCUCUGAAAAAGAGUACCCCUUGGAAAAGCUUGACCAGAAAAAAGAUGAGAAUGACAGCGAUUAUCCAUCGCUUUAUAGUAUUGCCUCAAAAGUGAAGGAUGAAUAUAUGGUAACUGAAUACUCUGUUGAAAUACCACAUUCAUCCAGUAGUGGCAACCCUUUGGAAAGUACAUCCAGGGACGUCCAUCCACCUAAACUGGUCAUCAAGAAGGUGAGCAGUAAGAGGAGCCAGAAAGUCCAGUUGGAACCCAGCCACUCAAUGCCAGCUUUAUCAACUUAUGAAGAAAAUAAAGUUACUAAAUAUACUUACGAACUGAUUGGUAAACAAGGACUGCUGGAUUCUGAAGGAAGUCAUGAUAUGGACCAGGUAGAUUCCUUACAGGAAGUUCCCAGCAAACCCAUGCAUAGCAGCAACAACUAUGAUGAUGCAAUGCAGUUUCUGAAGAAGAAGCGGUAUCUGCAAGCAGCAAGUAAUAACAGCAGAGAGUAUGCCAUGAAUGUAGGCCAGAUAGCAUCUCAGCCAUCUGUGACCCAAGCCGCUGUAGCCAGUGUCAUCGAUGAAGGCGCCGCAGCGUCGAUGUUGGAUUCUCAGUCACUGAGUGUUGAAAUAAAGAACAGUCAUGAUAAAAGUGGGAUUCCUGAUGAGGUACUGCAGACGCUGCUAGAGCAUUAUUCUCAUAAGGCAAAUGGACAACAUGAAAUGCCUUUUAGUGUUGCUGAUACAGAAGUGGCCUCGAGUAUGUCAAUUAACACUUCAGAUGUGGCUGAGGUUGCACAAGCCGAGAGAGUUGGUGCAAGUUCUCAAUCAGCCUCUUCGGACAAAGCCAGUAUGCUUCAUGAAUAUUCAAAAUUUCUCCAGCAAGCUUUGGAAAGAACAAGCCAGAAUGAUGCAUAUUUACCCAGUCAGAGCCUUGCUUUUGCAACUGAAACUCCAAACCUCACCAAUCAGCCAUUGUUUUCCUCCAUGGCCUCAAUGACUAUGCAGCGUGGCUUUAGAUCGAGCAUGAAUUCACCACUGCGACCUUCUUCUGAAAAAUCCCAUUAUGGCUUAAUGGUUGGUGAGUCGCAGCACACUUUCUCUUUUUCAAAUGAAGAGGCAAACCAUAAUUCUGUCUCUGCACAAGAGUUCUUGGAUCAAAUGACUUCUCAGAAGAAGGUAGAAGCUCAGCCGGUUCACCAGGCUUACCAAAUAGGCACGUUUGAACAGACAUUCAGAUCUCAGUACCAGAAUGCAAGGCCUGGUAUAACUCCCCCAUACAGUGCCUCCAAUGGACAAGUAAACCUGAGGGUGCGUGGGACUAGUGCAGAGUUUUCAGAGUUCCCGUUAGUCAGUGUACAGGAGGGAAGAGGUCAGAUGACAUCUUCGCCAGAUGCCACAGCUAGUCAGGCCUUUGGAUAGCAGGAAAACCUGACCUUUGUUUUUAGUAUUAAAAAAAUCAUGGGCUAGCACUUCAGAUUGACAAUUCUUGUGUUAUGUGCUGCUCUGUAUAGGAUGGCGUGCAGUAUAAACAGUAGCUAAUGCAGUUUUUGUUCAUAUAGAAGCCUUGAAAAAGGCCCAUUGAAUACCAAAACCCAUUUGUGCUGCGGUGCAACAUUUUAGAAAAGUUCCCUUUGCAUUUUUCAGCCGUGCACAGCAUGUCACAGGUUAUUGUUUUGUAGCAGGGCUUAACUGUUGUUUAACACUGAUGCUGCUGUUAUGCCUCACCUUGUAACAUGCCCCAAAAUAUUUUGGCACUUUUUAAAAGAAAAAAAUUAAUUAGUCACUUCUACACUUAGGGUAAAACCAAACUAAUAACUUAGUUUCUUUGGAUUUUCUUUUGAAAUUAUGCACUUUUCUAAUCAGAUUUACUAAGAUUGUAAACAAAGCUUAACAUUUUUUUUCAUGUUUAUAUGUAGGUGAAUGCUUAAAAGGAAUUGGGACAUAAAUUUUAUCUAACAUGCAUUUUUUCACAUUAGGAAGCCCAUAAAUUUGAAUGGGAGAAGAAUGAUAAUCAACAAUUAUCUGUUGAACAUUCUAUUUAUUCCAUGAGUUUAAAAUAUUAAAUUUUAUUUAUUUUAUAAAUGAAUGUGGGGAUUUAGUUCCUCAAGCCACAUACUUCCCUGGUUGUGCGAUGCAGCUUUUGGUUCUCCAUGAUAUUGGAUUGCCUAUUAAAAUAUAGUUUAUGUCCCUAUUUUUGUAUGUUUAGUAUAUAACACCUUGUGUUUCCUUGCUGAAAAUUUACCUUUUAAUUUAUAUACAGUACCUACCCAUUUAUUAUAUAAUACCUUGUCUGCAUAACAAUAUUUUUCAAAAGUAUAUUAUACAGCAAGUACACCACACAAGUGCAUCAUCCCACAAAUGGUUUUGUUGCCCUUUCUGUAAAUGUGAUUUUGUACAUUGCAGUGUACUGUGAUUCUAUAGCUUGAAAACACUUCUACUUUUGAAUCAGUUGAUUAAGAAUCUUUCUUCCCUAUAAUUACUAAACUGUCAUCUCAAUUGGAGAUAUAGUUGUCACCUUUUUCAUUUUCAGGUAGUAAUCAUUCCUUGUAAGCAAAAUUAUUUUAAGGCUUUGGCUUAGCAUUGUUCAGAAUUGCAGUGACCUCCAAAUACGGUUACUUAAAGGGUUGAACUCUUCCAAUAAAAUGACAUGCCAGAUGCUUUCAUAAGUUUACAAAGGAAUAAAUUGAUCUAUAGUUUAGUGGAAAGGUUUGAAAUGAGAUGGACAACACUGGUUAAAACCCUUUUGAGAUUUGUAUGAUUUUUGGCUAUCUGGCUGAUCAGUGCAAACUUCAUUCUGUAUUGUGCUUAAGCCAAAGAUUUAAACGUAUUUUUAUAUUUAUAUCAUCUUUGUGGCAUUCAUAACAUUCUAAUACUUACUGGUGAGAGUUUUAAGUAGGAGUGCAGUGUUAAAGUAAGUUGGGAAUGAUGGCCAGAGAAACUCUUAAAUAUGCUUCUAACUUUUUUUUGUAAUUUACCAGACUUGACCUGGGUAACUAACUGCACUUAAAAUUAACUUUUUAAAGUGGCAUCUGAGACAUCAUAAAUGCAAAUUCCUUAUGCCCUUGUGCAGUUUAGUUGAGGCUAAGCCAUUGUGUAGAUGUAAUAUUAUGAGCCAUUUAUACGUAGUGGUACAUUUCAGGAAAAAAAAAGCAAAUCUGUGUUUCAGCUGUCCCCUCUCAUCACCUUAGUUCCAAAACUCUGAUUUUGAAAUCUAUUUGGGGGGCUGCCAUGCAAGUAUUAACAUCCCAUCUUUAACCAUGUCCACUAUACAGAUAAAUGAUGUGCAUGAGUAGAUAAUGGUUCCUUCUAUUACUAGCAACAGAAGUAACAUACUCAUACUCAUGAGGCAAUAAGUUAAAAAUGAAAUAUAAAAUUAAGAAGUCCUUAGUCCCAAGUAGACUGUGAUGUGCUCAUCUUGGGGAUUCUCCUGUUUUCUGUCAGACACACUUAAGUCUUUAUGGACCCCAGUUUAAAACCUUGGGUAUAAAAGUUGGUUAUAAAUGUAUUUAUUUUUACUGGAUGUAGAACACUGGACCAAAUAACAAGAUGUCUUGCAGAUGUGACUACUUCGAUAAUUGGGAGUACAUUCAGCAGCCAUCAGUUUAAAGUUUAGAAACGAGUUAAGUGAUCAAUACUUUGCUUUCUCAAGAUGGGCCACUCAGUAGAAAUGAGGCAGCUGCAAUUUUUUUUCACAUGGCUACUAUUCAAAGCUCAUUGAAGCGCUGCCUAUACGCAGCAUAUUGCUCAUGAACUUCCACUUUGCACUGAAAUGAGCACUAAUGCUUUAAAUCAAUUCUGUAAAUCUUUAAAUUCAUGCCAGCCGUAAUAAUUAACUGAGAAAACAUUUCAAGUUAUUUUUGCCCCUUUUAAAGAAGGAUCUAGAGUUGCAGUGGCUGCUGGGCUCAACUGUGUUUAGUGGAGUUCAUAAAUGAAACUGCAUUGCUAUUUUUACUUUCCCGUUUCUGGGGAUAUUUAAACAAAAAACCUCUGAGUUGAUAAGGUGUACAAUGUACAUUAAAAUGUGCACUUUUUAAAAUACUUUCCUUAGAAGGUGUGAGAUGUACAUGAAAACUAUUAUCAAACUGUAAUUCAAAAUGUGUGUUUUAUAGUGCUAAGAGGCUAUUUUGUGCUAUUAAAUUCAUUUAAGUAUCUUCUAUAAACACAGGUAACAUUUGAUUAUGGCCAAUGUGUAAAUGAUGAUUCUUUACAGUUGGUGGCGAUCUGUACUUGUAAUGGCUUGGGUUCUUUUUAAAUGUAUUGUAUCUUUAGUGAUUACAAAUAUGGUUUCAUUCAAUUUUCACCUUUAUGGCUCCUUUAAUUGAAACAAAUGCAUUCCAAGAAUGUAAAGUUGUAUUUAAUGCUCUGGAAUUUUUGCAUGUGCACAUUGUUUGUUUUCAUUUCGUCACCCAAUAUUUUAGCAUGAGAUGUUAACCUUUUAGAUGAUGUGUCAUAGAAGAAAGGGGGGGGGGGAGCCCUGAAGUUCGUAUUCAACAGCAAAAAUUAAUUGAAAUGUAAUGUGCUUGAGGAAGUAUUCUUCUCCCUAUAUAAUUGCAGAAGCUUUUUUUUUUGUUUUGGGAGAAAGGGGAUGGCAUCUUACAUUUUGAAAAAAGUUUAUGUUGAGGAUUUCUGAUGUAAUGAGAACCUGACAUACAAUUCAGAUUCAUAGCUUUAUGUAAAUAAAUGCUUCAACAAAAUAAUCUACGCUGACUUCCAGACAAUGUUGGCAGUGAGGGAUUGAAACUGCAUAUCUAUACAGAGCAGCAAAAUGGAUUAUAUACUAACGUAGGUAAAACUGCAUCACAUUUACAAAGGAGUUGCAUAGAUUUUAUGUUAUUUGCUAGCCUUUUAUACACUGAUGGACUUGCCAAGUGAUACUUUAUUCUAGUUUCUUUUAGUACACUGGUCAAUUUUGUACGUAAGCUUGCUUUUCUAUUAAUGUAGAGGCACUAACUAGAGAGAUCAAUUUUGUAGUAUAUUGUAAAAGCUAAAUUUGUUACAAAUUCUGUUGGCCACGGUUUAUGUAUGAAAAACAAUUAUGCUUCCUUUGCUCAUUUCACUACUUUACAAUCAAGUUGUGAUAGAGAACUGUGUGCUUGUUGAAAUCAAUAAAUCUCUCUUUUGUUCACCCCACAUAAAACUUAUCAUCACUUCAGUAUCUUUUACAUUAAGGGUUUUUGGGGAAUAGAUUUAUCAGUAGUAGAUGUAGAUACAAUAUUUUGCAACAUGUCAUCAAAUAUUGUUUAGAUAUGUAAUAAAGCAAGAUCCUACAAAAUGCUUUAAACUGUUACUGAAAGAUAUACAGUACUUUGUAAGCGGUGUAUUAGAGAAAUUGGAAGUAUCACAUUUUCAUCUUUAAGGAGUCUUUAAUACAUAGUUAUAAAUAAAUGUUCAGAAAUCAGUUGUUUGUUGUUAAUUUAUAAACAAUGAUGCUGCAUAACAACAUUUGAAUUCGGGAAAUGCUGUCAUAUCUUGAAGGAUUCUGCGUGGAAGAAAAAUUUAGUGUAUAACAUUUGUGUAUAAAAUAUGCGGUGUUAUUUUCAUACAUCUUCACAUCUGUGACAUUUUUAUCACAGUGAAGAUCUGAAUGACAUUUGUUUUAGUUUCAAAAUAAAAAAAAUUAAAAGUGAUACUACGUCUUUGUUUAUAAUUGUGGCAUCAUUAUCGAUGCUGUGUGAAUUUAGAUUGUGAUAGGUAUUUACUGUGCAGGGCCAGGGCAUGGCCUUUUUGCCAAGCUCAGCUUUCUAACAGUAGCUGACACUUCCAGGAAUUGAAGAGUUGUUUUUGUGUAAGUUAAACUUUCAACCAAUAAUAUUCUUUGUUCAGCUUCUUGCCGUAAAUGGGAGCCAGUUUUCAGUUUUGAAUGUAACUUGCGAGCAAUAAUCAGUCUGAAGUUAAAAGAACAGCUUUGCAAACAAGCAGCAGUGUCUACAGAGCACUGGCUGCUCAAGAGAUGCAGUGUAAAACAAUGGGAUUAUCUUAUUUGGGCAUGUAUCAAAACCAGACAACACUGACUAAGCUCUUAGAUCAAAUUGGUACUGUCUCUUAGCAUGUCAAAUAACCCAUCUCUCAAUAGUUGGGAGAUUUGUGUACUCAAAAUCAGCCUUCAGCCUUCACUGCAUUAAUUGUGGGUGUUUGGGAUCUCUGUCACCAGAGGCUUUGAGACUAGUGGUUCCCAAAGUGGAUGGUAUUGCCCCCCCCCCCCCAGGCUGUAGGAGAUUCUAAAGGGGUGAUAAAGUAGUGGUUCCCAAAGUGGGUGAUAUUGCACCCCCCCAGGGCUGUAGGAGAUUCUAAAGGGGUGAUAAAGAGUGUUUGGGUUUUGCCCAAGCUAUUAUGACAUUGCAACAUUCCCCUUUAUUGAUCGCAGCACGUGCUUACACCUGCAGUUGCAGAAGAAGGAGUUAAACAAUCUGGAAAUUCUUCACUGGGUAACCUUGCAAGAAGAAAUUAUCAAAAUUCAGAAUGAUGUAGAAGCAAAAAUGUUUUUUUAAAGAUGUCGGUUUUUCAGGUAUGUGGCUACACUGCCAUACACUGGCAACUUUUGGCUUUUGCUGUCACAACUUGAACCAGAUAUUUAAACUCUUGCUAAAAUACCAUCAAACUUGAGGAUCACAUUGAUAUUGUAGCUGCUGUAUAGCACAGAGGUACUGUGUAAGCUAGGUUUAAAGACAAAUAAAAACUUAAAACUAUCAUUUUUCUCAUAUUAGCAUAUGAUAGACAUGUUUUUACACUGUGGGGACACUGGGAAGUAUAUUGUGCUUACGAGGGGCUUUGAGAGCUAGGUUGAUGGAUUCUGUCUUAAUGUCUGUCAAACUAGCUUGAUAGUUCUGUUUUUGCAUUCAGAUGUAUGGCUUGUAUGUAAUAUUCUUUUGUUAAGUCCAAAAUAUUGGUGGAUUGAUGUACAAGGAGUGAAUAAUUAAAGCGUCUAUUUAUAAGGAUAUGCUGAACAUGUGUUGUUUGAUUGAAAAAAAAACAGACUGAUUUAAUGGCAUGAGAACAAAAGAUAACAGAGUUUGCCUCUGUAUGCUUGUGGAAUUUGUAUUUAUUGGGGUACCUUUCCCUGGGGUUUUCGGACUUUGCCUAGAGCGGGAAUUGUGAUUGGUGCCUCGGACGCAGUUUGGUUUCGCGAGUGAGUGAGUCAGAAUUUGGAGUUCCACCAUCAACAGCGACAAUCAAGUGGAGGCUAAAAAUUCCAAGCUCUGAAAUGUUUGUGACCUACUACGUAGUAUUUUGAGUGGUUUAUUUGUGCUUUAUAUUUUUAUGAUCAUAAAUUCAACUUUAAGUUAACUUUGUUAUGCUUGUAAGCUGAUUACCAGAUCUCCUGGACCGUUGAAUAAUUUGGGUUUGAUCAACCCAGCCCAUUACAAUUGCUUACUUGUCAGAAUUAUUUGCAACAUUUAAUGAAACCAAUCUUCAAUUGCAAGAAAAUUAUGUAAAUCUUACCAAAGUCAAAUCAGUUGUCUCCAUAUUUCUGUCCAAGUUAACCCUAUUUAAGUUCAAUAUUGGUUGUCAAAAUCUUUUCCUAUUUCCAAGCCUCUGAGUACCAGUUUAUGAUCUUCAAGUAUACUGUCCCCACCGGGAUGAGUUGCAUGAAGACAUGUAAGAGAUUUCAGGAUCUUUUCUUGAUCCAAAUUCUAGAUUGGGUAAUAAAUUCAUUCCUGAACAUUUGUAAUGAAGAAUGAACAAGAACGAUGGAGGAAGAACUGAUUGCGCUACAAAAUGAGUUUGAGAUGAUAUGAUUGUUUGAACCAUGGCUUCAAGGCUUUUGGUUGCUGGAAGCAAUCUCUAAAUGCUGUCCUGUAUUGUGGAAACAGGUCAAGAUGCUCUCUAUUGCCUUUCCAACAUCAUAGGAGCACAGUUUCAGUGCUUUCAAAUCAGACUGU